AUGCAGAAAGCUGCUAACGCGCAGGCGCAUUUGGCCGGGGAAGCGCGGGUGGGCGGGGCAAGGGUCGGAAGUACGCCUGCCCCGGGGCCUUCGCGUGAAACCCGCCCGCGGAACUGCCCAGAGGUCCCGCCCCCAGGCGGAACUCGGAGUUGCUGGGCAACCGAUGCGGGCGCCGCGGCCGGGCUCAAUGGUGCCUGGAGCCUGCGGAGUGUAGCUCCCACGUCUGCUCUGCCACCUUCCCUUCCUGGGCUUCCUCUCUGGCCGCCCCUCCUCGCGCCCCGGAAUCCCUGCCCUUGGCACAAAGUAACCCUCUCCGACUGCCACGACGCCUUAGCGCCCACCUGCGUCGAAGCCAAGUUCCAUCGAAAGCGAAGUGCUUCGACCCCAGACGUGGCCUCCACGUUGACGGACCGCGCCCCUCGCGCCAUGGGCACCUACACCUACACCUACACCAGCAGGCCCCGGGCCCUGCCCUGCCAGCCCCGCCGUUACCGGGACAGCGUGGUGCAGCCGGGCGAAGAGCCCAUGCCGUACGGAAACAUCAUGUACGACAGGAGGGUGAUCCGGGGCAACACGUACGCCCUCCACCCAGAGCCGCGCCACGGGCAGCUCAGUGAUGUGGAUAUUCAGAGACAACAGCAGGCCAAGAAGAGGGCUCUCGUGAAAAAACGAACCCAAGAACAGUUCAGGCCGCGGACGCCGGAACCCGUGGAAGGCAGAAAGCACAUGGACGUGCAGACCGAAUUAUACCUUGAAGAAAUUGCUGACCGCGUAAUAGAAGUUGAUAUGGAAUGCCAAACAGAUGCGUUUUUGGACAGACCACCAACACCACUUUUUAUUCCUGCCAAAACUGGCAAAGAUGUGGCCACCCAAAUACUAGAAGGAGAGCUCUUUGACUUUGAUCUUGAAGUUAGACCGAUGUUAGAAGUUCUGGUGGGAAAGACCAUUGAGCAGUCUCUUCUGGAAGUGAUGGAAGAAGAAGAGUUGGCCAACCUGCGGGCCAGUCAGCAUGUAUACGAAGAGUUACGCAAUGUUGAACUUGCUGAAGUUCAGAGACUGGAAGAGCAAGAGAGGCGGCACCGCCAGGAAAAGGAGCGCCGGAAGCAGCAGCAGUGGGACAUGAUGCACAAGCACAAGGAGACGGCAGAGAAAAUCGCCGCCCGCGCCUUCGCGCAGCGCUACCUGACCGACCUCCUCCCCUCCGUCUUCGACAGCCUCCGGGACGGUGGCUACUUUUUUGAUCCCAUUGAAAGAGAUAUUGAGCUAGGAUUCCUUCCAUGGCUAAUGAAAGAAGUUGACAAGACCAUGGAACACAGCAUGGUGGGAAGGACAGUGCUUGACAUGUUGAUUCGUGAUGUGGUUGAGAAGAGGCUGACUGCGUUUGAGCGCAAGGAGCUCAAGCACCCGUCUCUGAAACCCGAGAGCGGGCCCGGGGGCGCUGGAGCAGGGAGAGACCCACCGGUGGGCCAUGAGCUCCGGGCACAAAGCUCCUCGCAGUCCCAGUGGUCCCUUCCCAGCACGGACGCCCUGCCGAGGGCGCCGUUUGAGGGAAGGUUCCCCGAGACGGCGGCAUCCCAGGACAGGACGCUCGUGGAAGAAGAGGAGGAGCCAGCAGAACUGAGGAAGUCCUUCGGGAGGGAAGCCUGGGAGCCGUGA